AUGGAGCCCUGUUACCCGCCACAGGGCACAAAGCAGAGCCCAAGAGCUCAGCCGCAGAAAAAUGAGAGUUGGUCACUACGGCGGCUCAGCAGCUUCCAGAGAUUCAUCUCAGCCACCCAUGGAUAUACGGAGAGCGUGGCCGUGUUCCUGGAGUAUUUCUUUAUCUUCUUCCUCGUCACGUGUGCAAGACAGUUUGAGUGCACUGGUUUCCGCUGCCCACUGUCAACUGCAGUGAAUGCUGAAUACCUUUGUAAACACUCUCCAGUAAAAGUGGUGGUGUCACUUUCCAUACAGGAUAACAGGAUUUCCAUCUGGUCUGUUGGUGAUCUUGGCAAUGUGGGCCUCAAUGGAGAAUACCAAGGAGAGCCUCAGUUGUUAUGCGACAUCAGGCACAAUGGGGAUGUCAUGGACAUGCAGUUUUUGGACCAAGAGAGAAUUGUAGUUGCUUCGUCAACAGGAGAUGUUACUAUAUUCCGUCAUCACCAAAAUAAUCAGACUUUAUCUGCCAACCAGCGGUGGGAGAAAGCUCAUUAUCAUGUGGAUCGACAGGCGUCCUGUGGUGGGGCAGCGUGUACUGGAGUAAUCUGCAAUAACCCCGAAAUUGUCACUGUUGGAGAAGAUGGUAGAAUAAAUUUCUUCAGAGCUGACCAAAAGGGUGCAAUGAGAACUAUAGACAAUGCAGACAGCAGCACACUCCAUGCAGUGACUUUUCUUCGUACAACUGAGAUAUUGACAGUAAACUCAAUUGGACAGUUGAAAAUAUGGGACCUCAGACAGCAAAGAAAUGAGCCAUCUCAGAUACUUUCUUUGACAGGUGACAGAGUUCCACUGCACUGUGUGGACAGGCAUCCCAAUCAGCAGCACAUUGUGGCCACAGGAGGCCAGGAUGGCAUGCUGAGUAUAUGGGACAUCAGGCAGGGUACUAUGCCAGUGUCCCUGCUAAAUGCUCAUGAAGCAGAAAUGUGGGAAGUUCACUUCCAUCCUUCUGACCCAGAUCACUUAUUUACAUGUUCUGAAGAUGGAUCUCUUUGGCACUGGGAUACUUCCACAAAUGUAUCUGAAAAACCUUCUUUUCUUCAUCAAGGAGGAAGAAGUAGUACAUAUUUUUCCCACAAUACCAUUAACCAGUCUGUAGUAAGUGCCUGGCUAAGCAACGACCCUACCAAAGACCGCAUGGAGAUUACCAACUUAAUUCCAAAUCAGACUUUGUCUGUGAACAGUUUAGAUGUUUUAGGACCAUGUCUAGUAUAUGGUACUGAUGCAGAGGCUAUUUAUGUUAACAGACACCUUUUUGCAUGAUACUUCUCCAGGGUCCCUUUGAAACACUUUGAAGGACUGGGAAAUGCAUCAGGUUCAUCAGUGUUUCCAACUAAACUGUUAUCAGCACAUGGGAAGAGGCCACUUGGCUCUGCUAUUGCAACAGGAAUGCAAGUUACCUCAGACUCUUUAAGUUGUCCCUUAUUAUUGAUGCUCUACUAGGGGUAAUCAAACCAACUUUUGUGUAAGUUUGAUCUCGUUUC